AUGAGAGAACGGCUUUGGCGCGUACGGGCACCUCUCAUCGGUCGACGCCAACAGCAUGCUGGCGCAAUCGUCCGGAUUGCUGCCGCACCAGGCCAAGAGGGUGAAGAACAGUCUCUCAUUGGCGUUUUUGGUGGAACCUACAAGAAAGGGGAGACUUGGACAAGCCUCGCUUCCUGUGAAGUGUAUGAUAUCGGUCAGAAUAGGUGA